ACAGCUCAACAAACAGCUAUAACAACAGGUCAACCAUCAGUUGUGACAACAGCUCAACCGCCAGCUGUAACAACAGGUGUACCAUCAGUUGUGGAAACAGCUCAACCAACAGCUAUGACAACAGGUCAGCCAUCAGUAGUAACCACAGGAAAACCAUCAGUUAUAACAACAGCUCAACCAACAGCUAUGACAACAGGUCAAUUAUCUGUUGUAACCACAGGCAAGCCAACAGCUAUAACAACAGGUCAGCCAUCAGUUGUAACAACAGCACACCAAACAGCUAUAACAACAGGUCAACCAUCAGUUGUAACAACAGCUCAACCACCAGCUGUAACAACAGGUGUGCCAUUAGUUGUAACCACAGGAAAACCAUCAGUUGUAAAAACAGCUCAACCAACAGCUAUAACAACAGGUCAACCAUCAGUUGUAACGACAGCUCAACAAACAGCUGUAACAACAGGUCAACCAUCAGUUGUGACAACAGCUCAACCACCAGCUGUAACAACAGGUGUGCCAUCAGUUGUAACCACAGGAAAACCAUCA